AACGCCGUCGUAUCACCGGUACAUAGCUUGUGCAACUUCCGGUAACUUGGUUACACGCAUUACACUUACAACUCCAAGAUGUUAGACUUUUUCUCGAUUUUUAGUAAAGGGGGUAUCGUAUUGUGGUAUUUUCAAGGGACAUCUCAACUGUUUACACCCUCAAUCAACGCCUUGAUCAAAAGUGUGAUCCUACAGGAGAGAUCUGGAAACAACUCUUUUACACAUGAUGCACUUACUCUCAAGUACAAACUUGACAAUGAAUUUGAGCUGGUAUUUGUGGUUGGUUACCAGAAAAUACUACAGCUAUCAUACAUUGAUAAAUUCCUGACCGAUAUUCAGCUGGAAUUCAGAAACAGAUACAAAAAUGUCCUACAAAACAAAGCGAAUGUUCUUGUGUAUGGGUAUGAUUUCGAUGAGACCUUCAAUAAGAUGCUGAAGAGUUGUGAAGAAGAGAGUCGAAAGGAAGCCCAGGCUGGAAGAAAAAUGAGAACAUUUGGUGAGUCUGAGAAAUCGAAGAAGACUGUGGAUUCCAUGAUUGUAAACAAAAAGGAAGACAAGAAAGGCAAAGGAAAGGAAAACAAACCUGUCAAAAAUGUGGGAGCUAAGGAGCCAGCACCACCAGUGGAGGUCCCCACUAAGCCCCAGCCAGAACCUGCAGUCAAUGGAGAUGGUCUGGAUGAGGAGACUAUCAGGAGAAACAGGGAGAAGAUGUUUGCCUCCAUGAGUGGCAAGAAAAAACCCAGCAGCCCAGUAGCUAAGAAGAUGGAGCCACCUAAAAAGAAGGGAAAACAGGCUACCAAAUGGGAUUUGAACGGAACCACAAAAGACAUGUCAAGUCUGGAUUUCUCAUCUAAACUGGAGGGCGGAAAAGAGGCAGCUAUUAAUGCACAGAAUGAAACACCAUCAAUGGAAGAGAGGGCUUGUGUUGGUAAGAUGAAGGGAGGACUGGAAGAUAUUCUGACACAGUAUGAAGAUGAGGAAGAUGAUUAUGAAGAAACUCCAACCAAGACCAGCAGUUCUUCUGGGUCAUCUGGGGGAGGAAUGUUCAGCAUGUUUAAGAAUCUGGUGGGAUCUAAAGCCCUUACUGCGGAUGAUCUUCAGCCGGCCCUGGAUAAAAUGAGGGAUCAUCUUAUUGCAAAGAAUGUUGCUGGAGAUAUUGCUGUGAAGCUCUGUGAUUCUGUUGGUGCCAAACUGGAGGGCAAAGUCCUGGGAACAUUCACCACCAUUGCCACCACUGUGAAGAAGACUUUGGAGGAGGCCUGUGUCCAGCUUUUGGUUCCCAAGAGAAGAAUCGACAUCCUGAGAGACGCCAUGGAAGCCAAGCAGAAAAAUCGUCCCUUUGUCAUCACUUUCUGUGGAGUAAAUGGUGUGGGAAAGUCUACAAAUCUGGCCAAGAUCUGUUUCUGGUUGGUGGAGAAUGGUUUCCGUGUGUUGAUAGCAGCCUGUGACACCUUCAGAGCUGGAGCAGUAGAACAGCUGAGAACCCACACCAGGAAACUGAAUGCCCUCCACCCCCCAGAGGCUCACAAUGGUCAGACCAUGGUGCAUCUGUAUGAAAAGGGCUAUGGAAAAGAUGCAGCUGGCAUAGCACUGGAGGCCAUUAACUAUGCUAGAGACUGUAGGCAUGAUGUUGUGUUGGUUGAUACAGCAGGCAGAAUGCAGGACAAUGAGCCCUUAAUGAAGGCUUUGUCCAAGCUGAUAAAGGUGAACCAGCCGGAUCUGGUUCUGUUUGUGGGGGAAGCCCUGGUUGGAAACGAGGCUGUGGAUCAGCUGACUAAGUUCAACCAGGCCUUGGCAGACCACUCUAACAUGACAAACCCCAGACUGAUAGAUGGAAUCAUCCUCACCAAGUUUGACACCAUUGAUGAUAAGGUCGGGGCUGCCAUUUCUAUGACGUAUAUUACGGGUCAGCCCAUUGUGUUCGUGGGCACGGGACAGACUUACACAGACCUGCGCAACCUUAAUGCCAAAGCUGUUGUAAAUGCUCUCCUGAAGGCCUAACUUUCAGAUUCUGACAAAGCCCAGAUUAUUUCGUCUCACUGGUGUAGAAAAUUUAUUUAAUACAUUACUUGAUAAGGAAGACAUAAUAUUUACCUUUAAAAUUUUAUCACAUUCCUUGCAAAUAGACAGACUUGCAUUACAUGUGUAAAAAAUACUAACAGUAGAUGCCAAAGAGAUAUUGCAAAAUCAUUAAAGGCAUUAGUGAUCAUUUUUGUACAUUUUCCAAGUACCUUGUAUCUUCAUCUGGUUAUUUUUUUGUCAUUUAAUUCAUGAAUAUGCACAAAUCACAACUCUGCGUACUUGCACAAUGUCCACUAUUGAAAUCAAAAAUCAUUAUUGUAAAAAAAAAAAGACUCACUUGCAUAAAUUAAGUAUAUUAUGUCACUGCAUUUCAUCAUCCCUGAUAUUACUCUCUAGUCAGAAUCUUACGUAUAUUAGGUAUUUUCUAUGUGUUUCUCGUGCCUUUACGCAUUAUAAUGUUCCCACUGUGAUGGAUGAAAUGGAUAUACAUUGUAAUAGUUAUCUCCCCUCUGUUGUUUAACUGUUCGGUAUUUAUGUUUUGUUUAUGAAUUAUGUGGUUGUGGAGAGUAAGUUAUGAAAGAUUAAAUCUUAAACUUGAAAAUAUG